CGAAUUUGAAUGUACCAGCAACACACAGGGACAUAAUAAAAUGAAUAAUAUAUGAUUUAAAAGCUACAAUAAAUGGAAAAGCAUAUCUACUAGUUAGAAUCAUAACUUGGAUUAGCUAACCAAGAGAUCUUAAAUCUUAAAUAAUAAAAGUCAUAAUUAUGCUAGUAACUGAAUGAUAUUCAAAUAAAUUCUGUAGGUUAAGAGUUUACUGAGGCUAUAGUAAUUAUUUAAUAUAAAAAUAAGAGUAAAUCAUCAGUUGAUAGAGUAUUAUAAAGAAAAGAGAAGAGUGUUAAUAAAGUAAAAAAGUAACCUGGAACAUUAAAGUUAGAUCUUUUAAAUUAAAUAUUUACAGAAUAUCCAAAUUUAGUCAGACCUAUCAUACAUAUAAAGUUAACAGAGGAGGAUUUUAAUUGA